UUCGGCCUCGCGCUUUUCACGUAUCGUUCAGCGAAGGAAAAAAACCUAUCCUCGUCUGUUGGUGGUGAGAAAGCAAAGCCCAACAGCAGCAGCUAGGAAAAGAAGAAGAACAGUCAAGGAAAAAUUUACAAAAUUGCUAAUUUUCUACAAUUAGUGCGUGUGUUGUGCGAUUAUUCACACAAAAUUCGUGUACAAAUUGUGCAGGAAAUUGGCGAAAAACCAUCCGAAGGAGUUUGUCCAUCGCUAGAUAUGUGCAGCUAGUUGAAAUAUGAACGUUUUCAACCAAGUGAUACCUAGUAUGAAUCCGCAAGAACUAAGUACUAUGGUUUGGAUGGGACAGUUCGCCUCGCCACUGGAUGAAAACCUAACCAAUCUAUAUGGACAGCCGAUGCCAGCGGUUAUGGACGAUAUCACGCAGCAAACGCCUUCGAUGGACAUGAAUCCAGCCAUCGGUCCACUCAUUGGUGACUAUAGUGGCCACGUGACGGCCAUACCAACACCGGCAGCGGCGCUUGCAACGAUUUCCAACUCUGAGCUGGCCAUCACUAAUCCAGAACUGUUUAAUCUUCAGCAGCAGCAACUGCAAUUGCAGCAACAGCUUAGUCUAGGAAAUUACAGUUUUCUAGAGCAAAGUGGUCUGGCUAGUCAGUUGACAGGAAGUGGCACGAGUGGAAGCAUUGUUGGAGGGGUGACCGAUGCGGAUGAUUCGGUUGGAGGAGCUCGGAUGGUCGAUGACGAUGACGAAGACGAUGGGCUGAACGAUGAAGAGCAUGCAAUGCAAACAUACGAACAAUACCAACGAAUGGUGGAAGCUAGUAGUGAAUACCUGUCCGUUUCCGGACAGGAAAGCCUGUUAAGCUACAAACUGAUGAACGAAAGUCAACUGCUGCAGCCACAAGGCAAUUUUCUCGAUUACGACGUAAACGACGACGGCUCAUCGAGUCCUCCCGGCGGCCAGCAGGACGAUGUAAAGAUUACCGGUUACACUUCGCAGCUUGGCGGGGCGGUAUCGGGAGGAUCUGGAACGUCCGGCGCGACCCAAAGCGGUGGUGAACCUAGUGGAACAUCCGUACGGUUUCCGAAUAAAAAAAUCAAACCCGUCAAGCGGCCGGGAUUGGUUCUGAAGACCCCGAUCGCCUAUAAAGGUGAUAGCGAUCCGUCGGUAAUCCCGAUUCAACGCGAUGGAAUGGCAAUUUGUGAAAAGUGCGGUGCAAUUGGCGUAAAGCACUCCUUCUACACCAAGCAGCGCCGGUUUUGUAGCAUGACCUGCGCCCGAUCGUUCGACGCGUUACGUUUGUACAACAGUACCAACAACAACAAUAACAGUAAUAGCAGUGGCACCACCGGAACUAGUACUUCUUCCAUCGUCAGCAGUAAAUCAUUAACCGCCGCCUUGGAAGAGAGCAUCCCUCCGCUGGCAGCUCCGUCCGCUUUGCCGCCGGAACAGCUCAUCGACGAUUCGGCUGACGAGGUGGAGUCGGUGAACGCGACUCAAGCUGCUGCCGGGUCAGACAUCGUCGACAGCAAGCAUCUACUGCAGCAGCAACAACUUCAACUCCAGCAACAACUAGCUCUACAACAUCAGGUUCAACAAUUACAGCAACAGCAACAACAACAACAGCAGCAAGUACAAAAUAUCAGCUAUAGAUUCAAAAUGUCUCAAAUUGGCGACAAUAGCAACCACGGUGUAAAUAGCGACAAAACAAUCAACCACGAGAUUGUUCCCCAGGACGAAAUCCCUCAACUGCCCAGGGGAGCACGUUUGCCUUCGCCUUGCGCUCAGGAUGAGAGGAUAAUUAGCAUUCGAAGGAAACCUUCGGAAUUUAUUAACUCUUUCGAUUGGACCCCUUCGCUGGCGGAUCCGACCUUUUUCGCGGCACCGGUCACCUGCUUUCGGCAUGCACCCGGCUACGAUAUGUGGCCCAAUGUGGUGAUUGGCAUGAAAGUCGAAGUAGAGAACACAGACUGCGACGCUCAGCAGAUUUUGAUCGGCGGAACACCGCAUUCCUUUUGGGUGGCUACGGUGCUUCGUAUUUGCGGUUACAAAGCUCUACUCCGCUACGAGGGUUUUGAUACAGAUUCCUCGAAAGAUUUUUGGGUAAAUCUGUGCUCGUCCGAGGUUCAUCCGGUGGGUUGGUGUGCCACUCGCGGGAAGCCUUUGAUCCCGCCCAAAAGCAUAGCUAAACCGUACAAAGAUUGGAAAGAGUUUUUAGUUAAGCGGCUGUCCAAUGCGAGAACGCUCCCUUCUACGUUCUAUAAUAAGAUCAGCGAAAGUUUCAAAUCUCGUUUCCGAGUUGGUCUCAAUCUGGAAGUAGUGGACAAGAACCGUAUCAGCCAGGUAAAGGUGGCUUCGAUCAACAAGAUCGUGGGGAAACGGCUCUACGUACGGUACUACGACAGUCCACCAGAUGACAAUGGUUUCUGGUGCCACGAAGAUUCCCCGCUCAUUCAUCCGGUUGGUUGGGCAACAACGGUGGGUCACAAUCUAGCCGCACCGCAGGAAUAUAUGGAUCGCAUGAAUGCUGCCCGUGACCAGAUUCUAGAACCGAACGAAGACGAUGCAACUAUGGAUUUGUUCAAGACUAAUUUCCACUUCGAGGAAUACUAUCUGGAAGGUAAACAGACCGGUUUCGAGGAAGGCAUGAAACUGGAAGCCGUUGAUCCUCUCAAUCUGUCAUCGAUCUGCGUCGCAACGGUGAUGUCGGUGUUGAAGUUCGGCUACAUAAUGAUUCGUAUCGAUUCGUACGAUCCCGACGUUAGCGGGGCGGAUUGGUUUUGCUAUCACGAAAAAUCUCCGUGCAUCUUUCCGGUAGGGUUUUGCUGCAGCAAUCAGAUCACACUUACACCCCCCAAGGGGUACGAUUUAACGACCUUCACUUGGGACCAGUACCUGGUGGACACCAACAGUAAACCGGCGACAGAGGAUCUCUUCCAUCGGGAUAUAUUGCGACAGAAAUUUAAGGUGGGAAUGAAACUAGAAUCGGCCGAUCUAAUGGACCCGAGACUGAUCUGCGUGGCAACAAUCUCCCGAGUCGUAGGCCGUUUGCUCAAGGUUCACUUUGACGGCUGGGACGACGAGUACGAUCAGUGGCUGGAUAGUGAAAGCCCAGAUAUCUAUCCGAUCGGAUGGUGUGUUCUGGUUGGUCACAAGCUGGAAGGACCACGUAUACUACCCAAAAUUCCACCGACACAGAAAAUCUCUCCCAAAAUGACUAAAAAAGGAAAACGAAAGAAAAAGGUUAUGAAAUUUGAACUUGGCACUUCCGAACUGCAUCCCGUGGCCACAACACGCACCGCGUCGAUCAAAAAAGAGCAAGAGCAGUUCGAGCAACAGAAACAAGUUAGCAACGCCGAUCAAAAUAACAUACCCUACUCAAUAGCGGAUCUGCAGAGCAACUUAGACCACAUGCAGUAUACAAGCCAUAGUACAGCGAUUUCGUUAGAAUCUCGCAGUGCCUCUGGCAGUGGCACCUCAUCGUCGCUUCUCUCCAUCAAACACGAGCCUCCACAUGACCCGUUAUUGGGGCCGAUCUUCGAUCAAUCAACGGAAAGCAUCGGAGUCGACGAUGACGAUAUGGGAGGUUUAAAAACUGAAGAUGAGGACGGUGAAUCGAACAGCGCCACCGGUAACCCAUCAUCAGUGCCCUCAGAAAUCACAGAUAUCGAGAUGGAGAAAAUCAUUCCACGGCUUAUCAACGAUAACGGAACAAGUUCGCCCGAUCCAUCGAUUGCCGGUAGCCAAAUUAACCCGGACAGCUGGGAUGUGAAGGACGUGGCCAUGUUUCUUACUGCGAACGAUUGUUCGGUGCACUGCGAAGCAUUCAUGGCCGGUGGCAUCGACGGUCGACGGCUACUGCAGCUCAGCAAAGACGAAAUUAUUACCCUGCUGAACAUGAAGGUGGGACCGUCACUGAAAAUUUUUGAUCUCAUCCAGCAACUCAAGUGCAAAAUCGAUCCGAGUAAAUCGCGACUACUGAAAUCCAGCUUGGGGAAGAAGUAUCUGUAGCGAGAUCUUGCGGGAGGGACAUAUCCGAAGAGUAUUAGCUUAUUUCUUUGUUCUCCAUUUGCGCCACCUGCUGAAAAAAGGGUUAUUUAGUUGCUUUUCGUUUAUUUUUUUACAUCUAGUAGUUUUUCGUGUAGCAAAGUUUAUAGGUUCUUUUUUUUAACAAGUAUACUCUUUCUGUUGUGAUUGAAGAGAAACAUUUUUUACUACAAUUCAACCGUGUCAGAAAUUUUGAAGCUUUCUGUCGUAGACAAAGUUAAGCAGGUAUGCGCAUAUUGUUUCACGAAUGAACAUUUCCAGUGAUAUGAGUGGGCGGGAAGUGAAGAAAGCAAUUACCAAAAAAAAAACAAACAAAAGAAACAACACUGAUAACAAAAAAUACAAUAAAAUACUAGUUGAACGUGGACGGGAGCGUCACAGGGCUUGCAUUCAAGGCAAAUUGAAGUGUGGAAGUUGUGUGUGCAACAGUGAAUUCUUGCUCGAAUUGCUAAAUAAUGUCUAAAUGGAAACACAAGAAACAAAGUAAAACAAUACAAAAGUAUAGAAAGUAUACAUGAAAUUGUAUAAAGGUAACAGCUAAUAUGCUAGCAGUAGAAUAAUGUUUCAGAAUUUAUUGGAAUAUCUUUUUUACGAGGAAAGAGAAAGCAAAAGUAUAUUUAGAGUAGAGCAAAGUGAAAGAAAUAUAAGCCGAAAGGA